AAUCAGCAACUCUCCUAGCCUGGUCCUAUACAGAAACAGUAGUCAUGCUAACUCUCCUAGCCUGGUCCUAUACAGAAACAGUAGUUAUGCUAACUCUCCUAGCCUGGUCCUAUACAGAAACAGUAGUCAUGCUAACUCUCCUAGCCUGGUCCUAUACAGAAACAGUAGUUAUGCUAACUCUCCUAGCCUGGUCCUAUACAGAAACAGUAGUCAUGCUAACUCUCCUAGCCUGGUCCUAUACAGAAACAGUAGUCAUGCUAACUCUCCUAGCCUGGUCCUAUACAGAAACAGUAGUCAUGCUAACUCUCCUAGCCUGGUCCUAUACAGAAACAGUAGUCAUGCUAACUCUCCUAGCCUGGUCCUAUACAGAAACAGUAGUUAUGCUAACUCUAAUAGCCUGGUCCUAUACAGAAACAGUAGCCUGGCUAGCUAGCCAGAGACUGAGAGAAGCAGAGUUUGGCCAAAGCGAGAUAUUUCAACCUGGAAUGACAUUAGACAAAAGGAAAGGGUGCAACUCUACCCUACUGCCUUCAGAAACUAAAGGACAGCUCCUCAUUUGUGGUGAGCAGCAGUAGUGCUUCUGGGAUACUGAGUCUGGAAGGACAUAAGUAGGAUCAGAGGAGCACAUGUAAAGAGUUGACCCUACUGUCUUUAUAUUCCACUCAGGAGCUAACCGGGUUCCAUUUAGAAACAUAGGAACUAUAGUACUAGCCUAGUCCCCUUCCUUAACCCCUACCCUCCUACAAACUAGUCCCCUUCCUUAUCCCCUACCCUCCUACAAACUAGUCCCCUUCCUUAUCCCCUACCCUCUCACAAACUAGUCCCCUUCCUUAUCCCCUACCCUCCUACAAACUAGUCCCCUUCCUUAUCCCCUACCCUCUCACAAACUAGUCCCCUUCCUUAUCCCCUACCCUCCUACAAACUAGUCCCCUUCCUUAACCCCUACCCUUCUACAAACUAGUCCCCUUCCUUAACCCCUACCCUCCUACAAACUAGUCCCCUUCCUUAACCCCUACCCUCCUACAAACUAGUCCCCUUCCUUAUCCUCUACCCUCCUACAAACUAGUCCCCUUCCUUAACCCCUACCCUCCUACAAACUAGUCCCCUUCCUCAACCCCUACCCUCCUACAAACUAGUCCCCUUCCUUAACCCCUACCCUCCUACAAACUAGUCCCCUUCCCCUCCUACAAACUAGUCCCCUUCCUUAUCCCCUACCCUCCUACAAACUAGUCCCCUUCCUUAACCCCUACCCUCCUACAAACUAGUCCCCUUCCUUAACCCCUACCCUCCUACAAACUAGCCCCCUUCCCCUCCUACAAACUAGUCCCCUUCCCUACCCCUACCCUCCUACAAACUAGUCCCCUUCCUUAACCCCUACCCUCCUACAAACUAGUCCCCUUCCUUAACCCCUACCCUCCUACAAACUAGUCCCCUUCCUUAUCCCCUACCCUCCUACAAACUAGUCCCCUUCCUUAACCCCUACCCUCCUACAAACUAGUCCCCUUCCUUAACCCCUACCCUCCUACAAACUAGUCCCCUUCCUUAACCCCUACCCUCCUACAAACUAGUCCCCUUCCUUAACCCCCUACCCUUCCACAAACUAGUCCCCUUCCUUAACCCCUACCCUCCUACAAACUAGUCCCCUUCCUUAACCCCUACCCUCCUACAAACUAGUCCCCUUCCUUAACCCCUACCCUCCUACAAACUAGUCCCCUUCCUUAACCCCUACCCUCCUACAAACUAGUCCCCUUCCUUAACCCCUACCCUCCCACAAACUAGUCCCCUUCCUUAACCCCUACCCUCCUACAAACUAGUCCCCUUCCCUACCCCUACCCUCCUACAAACUAGCCCCCUUCCCUACCCCUACCCUCCUACAAACUAGUCCCCUUCCUUAUCCCCUACCCUCCUACAAACUAGUCCCCUUCCUUAUCCCCUACCCUCCUACAAACUAGUCCCAGUCCUUAUCCCCUACCCUCUCACAAACUAGUCCCCUUCCUUAACCCCUACCCUCCCACAAACUAGUCCCCUUCCCCUCCUACAAACUAGUCCCCUUCCCUACCCCUACCCUCCUACAAACUAGUUCCCUUCCCUACCCCUUAUAACAUUGGCCCAGUUAGCAAGGCCUCCACACUAACUCCUACAAAAUAUUGGGUUUAAAUCCUACAGUAUACACUGAGUGAACAAAACAUUAGGAACAUCUUCCUAAUAUUGAGUUUAACCUGUCUCCUCCCCUUCAUCUACACUGAUUGAAGUGGAUUUAACAAGUGACAUCAAUAAGGGAUCACAGCUUUCACCUGGAUUCACCUGGUCAGUCUAUGUCAUGGAAAGAGCAGGUGUUGUUAAUGUUUUGUGCAGUCAGUAUAUAUACAGUAGGUUUGUUUUAAUGCUGAGGGUUGCAAUGGCUUUCACUCUGUGAACACCGGUAUUACUUUAAUACAUCAUUUCUCUGGAAUAGCUAUUUUGGCUUAUAUGUGAUUUUAUAAGUGUUACCUUCUUAAUAUGACGUGUAUAAUGAAUCAAAUGGGGGUUUGAAAGAACCGUUCAGAUGUAUAGGCCGGGAUUAAAUUAGAUCCUGGGUGAUAGGCAGGAAAUGUUCCCGCGUUCGCGGAGAUUCCAUUUACGGUAAACGCUGCAUAUGUCGACUCAAUCGGAUAUUGCCUUUAAAAGUCGCAAUGCCGAUAACCCGCGAUCAGAUUGAAUCCUAGUUGCAUGUGGCCAGGUCUGUUGGUGUAAUUGUUAUAUUAAUCCACAAGGGGGUGCUGUUGUCCCCGUGUGAGUUCCCAUUGCUCAGUGCAACCUGUAAGCAAGUAGAAGUCGCUCCUAAGCACUGAUCUAGGAUCAGCAUACUUAGGACCUUACUAUAUGAAGGUUAAGCGCAAUACUGGUCCUAGAUCAGUGCAUAAGAAGAAGAUUCUAUGUUGCUUUAUUGGCCACUAUUGGGUAUAGAGAGAGCCCAUGAUUCUCUAUGUCAGCCUUUUUCAAAUCUCUCCUCGGGGACGUUUCACAAUGUUGUUGUAGCCCUGAACUGGCGCCUGAUUAUAGUAGUCAAGUGCUCGUUGACCGGUUGUAGCGUCAGGUGUGCUAGUUCUGGAACAGUUCAAAUACAUGGACAGGCUGGGGGUUGCCGAGGAGAGGUUGUAAUAGUACAUGGACAGGCUGGGGGUUGCCGAGGAGAGGUUGUAAUAGUACAUGGACAGGCUGGGGGUUGCCGAGGAGAGGUUGUAAUAGUACAUGGACAGGCUGGGGGUUGCCGAGGAGAGGUUGUAAUAGUACAUGGACAGGCUGGGGGUUGCCGAGGAGAGGUUGUAAUAGUACAUGGACAGGCUGGGGGUUGCCGAGGAGAGGUUGUAAUAGUACAUGGACAGGCUGGGGGUUGCCAAGGAGAGGUUGUAAUAAUACAUGGACAGGCUGGGGGUUGCCGAGGAGAGGUUGUAAUAGUACAUGGACAGGCUGGGGGUUGCCGAGGAGAGUUUGUAAUAGUACAUGGACAGGCUGGGGGUUGCCGAGGAGAGGUUGUAAUAGUACAUGGACAGGCUGGGGGUUGCCGAGGAGAGGUUGUAAUAGUACAUGGACAGGCUGGGGGUUGCCGAGGAGAGGUUGUAAUAGUACAUGGACAGGCUGGGGGUUGCCGAGGAGAGGUUGUAAUAGUACAUGGACAGGCUGGGGGUUGCCGAGGAGAGGUUGUAAUAGUACAUGGACAGGCUGGGGGUUGCCGAGGAGAGGUUGUAAUAGUACAUGGACAGGCUGGGGGUUGCCGAGGAGAGGUUGUAAUAGUACAUGGACAGGCUGGGGGUUGCCGAGGAGAGGUUGUAAUAGUACAUGGACAGGUUGCCGAGGAGAGGUUGUAAUAGUACAUGGACAGGUUGCCGAGGAGAGGUUGUAAUAGUACAUGGACAGGCUGGGGGUUGCCGAGGAGAGGUUGUAAUAGUACAUGGACAGGCUGGGGGUUGCCGAGGAGAGGUUGUAAUAGUACAUGGACAGGUUGCCGAGGAGAGGUUGUAAUAGUACAUGGACAGGCUGGGGGUUGCCGAGGAGAGGUUGUAAUAGUACAUGGACAGGCUGGGGGUUGCCGAGGAGAGGUUGUAAUAGUACAUGGACAGGUUGCCGAGGAGAGGUUGUAAUAGUACAUGGACAGGCUGGGGGUUGCCGAGGAGAGGUUGUAAUAGUACAUGGACAGGUUGCCGAGGAGAGGUUGUAAUAGUACAUGGACAGGCUGGGGGUUGCCAAGGAGAGGUUGUAAUAAUACAUGGACAGGCUGGGGGUUGCCGAGGAGAGGUUGUAAUAGUACAUGGACAGGCUGGGGGUUGCCAAGGAGAGGUUGUAAUAAUACAUGGACAGGCUGGGGGUUGCCGAGGAGAGGUUGUAAUAGUACAUGGACAGGUUGCCGAGGAGAGGUUGUAAUAGUACAUGGACAGGCUGGGGGUUGCCGAGGAGAGGUUGUAAUAGUACAUGGACAGGCUGGGGGUUGCCGAGGAGAGGUUGUAAUAGUACAUGGACAGGCUGGGGGUUGCCGAGGAGAGGUUGUAAUAGUACAUGGACAGGUUGCCGAGGAGAGGUUGUAAUAAUACAUGGACAGGCUGGGGGUUGCCGAGGAGAGGUUGUAAUAGUACAUGGACAGGCUGGGGGUUGCCGAGGAGAGGUUGUAAUAGUACAUGGACAGGUUGCCGAGGAGAGGUUGUAAUAGUACAUGGACAGGUUGCCGAGGAGAGGUUGUAAUAGUACAUGGACAGGCUGGGGGUUGCCGAGGAGAGGUUGUAAUAGUACAUGGACAGGCUGGGGGUUGCCGAGGAGAGGUUGUAAUAGUACAUGGACAGGCUGGGGGUUGCCGAGGAGAGGUUGUAAUAGUACAUGGACAGGUUGCCGAGGAGAGGUUGUAAUAGUACAUGGACAGGUUGCCGAGGAGAGGUUGUAAUAGUACAUGGACAGGCUGGGGGUUGCCGAGGAGAGGUUGUAAUAGUACAUGGACAGGCUGGGGGUUGCCGAGGAGAGGUUGUAAUAGUACAUGGACAGGCUGGGGGUUGCCGAGGAGAGGUUGUAAUAGUACAUGGACAGGUUGCCGAGGAGAGGUUGUAAUAGUACAUGGACAGGUUGCCGAGGAGAGGUUGUAAUAAUACAUGGACAGGCUGGGGGUUGCCGAGGAGAGGUUGUAAUAGUACAUGGACAGGCUGGGGGUUGCCGAGGAGAGGUUGUAAUAGUACAUGGACAGGUUGCCGAGGAGAGGUUGUAAUAGUACAUGGACAGGCUGGGGGUUGCCGAGGAGAGGUUGUAAUAGUACAUGGACAGGCUGGGGGUUGCCGAGGAGAGGUUGUAAUAGUACAUGGACAGGUUGCCGAGGAGAGGUUGUAAUAGUACAUGGACAGGUUGCCGAGGAGAGGUUGUAAUAGUACAUGGACAGGCUGGGGGUUGCCGAGGAGAGGUUGUAAUAGUACAUGGACAGGUUGCCGAGGAGAGGUUGUAAUAGUACAUGGACAGGUUGCCGAGGAGAGGUUGUAAUAGUACAUGGACAGGUUGCCGAGGAGAGGUUGUAAUAGUACAUGGACAGGUUGCCGAGGAGGGGUUGGGAAAAAGCUGCCUAUGUAAUGCCCUACUAGUUUACAUGUCCUAUUGAAAUGAAGGUCAACCUGUAGUUCUGUCACAUUCUCUGAGAAGGGAAGCCGUGAUACAUAUCCACGUGACCAUACUACAAUAAUGAUGUUGUUUUUAAACUUCUUGGCAUGACUGUGUGUUUUAGAACGAAUAACGAAGUCUAUUUGUACACCGCUGUCUAGUCUGUCCCAUGUGUCUGGUCCUAGAAAAACGUUAUCUAAGAGCAUUAAUCACAGGAUGUAUCUUAGUUAGUGGAGUGUUUUCUAAAACAUUUGUUCCCCUUGAUGUUGAUAUUGGUAAAGGUGGACGUGUUAUCUUUAGUCUGUCUCUCAGGGUCGGGGUCAAUUCCAUUUCAAUUCAGUCAGUUCAGGAAUUACAUUGAAUUGACUGAGGUUCGCGUCCCAAAUGUCACCAUAUUCCCUAUAUAGUGCACUACUUUUGACCCUGGUAGUUCACCAUAUCGGAAAUAGGGCUCUGGUUUAAAAGUAGUGCACUACAGGGAAUAGGAUACCAUUUGGGACGUAGCCUGAAAUGACAUGGAAGGAACCUUAACCCUGUUGUCUCUAUUAUAACAAGACUAUGACCAAAACCAUUCAACCUGACCCCUGACCCCGGUCUGUUUUGGUGUUUUGGUAGAUAAAUUGGUGCCGCGACGGAACUCGAGGUGGCCAGGGGCGUCGUCUGUGAGGGUAGAACGAAGGAAGGAAGGACAGGAGGACAGACAGGCGGGCGGGCGGACAGACAGACAGACAGACAGGUGUCUGUUGUACACGUUAGAACACACUAACACCUGGUCUGGAACCACAGGACUUCCAGGAGAGCCGUUACAUGACCCAGGACAAAAUAAACGAGAGGGAAAAAAGACUCUCAUUUUAGGGUGCUAAGUUAUUUUUUUGAAUUAAGUGAUUUAAAAAAAUAUAUUAUAAUAAUUAUGAUUUCUAAUUGGGAGGGGGGGGCCAGGACUGGGUGUUUGUGACCCGGUGUGUUGGGGUGUGUUACAGUCCUGGGUCAAAUAUAUAAUGUCAAAUGCUUUCAAAUACCACUAUGUCAUAAAAGGCACCCUAUUCCCUAUUUAGUGCACUACUUUUGACCGGGACCAUAGGGCUCUGAUCAAAUGUAAUGCACUAUAUAGGCAAUAUAGUGCAAUUUGGUACAAAGUCCAGGGCUGUGCUUAGUUUAGUUCAGUGGUUCCCAACCCAUGGGUACUAGGAGGGGGUACUAGAGGGGGUACUAGAGAAGACUCAUGAGACCAUAGGCCUACCGGUCAAAAUGCACAUGAGGGGGUACUUCAGGGGUACUCUGGGCAGAGCCAAAUUUAGUUGGUGGUACACUAACCGGAAAACAAAGAAAAAAGGUUGGGAACCACUGGUUUAGUGUUUCCUGUAUAAUGGAACCAAUGAAACCGAUUUGAGUAUUCCCAAGAGGACAAACUCCAAACUAAAUCAAGGUCACAAAGGCUCCGUCCCAGAUGGCACCUUGGAAGAGCAGUGGAUGUACCAGAGACCAUGUGAUCUGUCUCUGGGGUGUUAAGACUCUACUGUACCAGAGACCAUGUGAUCUGUCUCUGGGGUGUUAAGACUCUACUGUACCAGAGACCAUGUGAUCUGUCUCUGGGGUGUUAAGACUCUACUGUACCAGAGACCAUGUGAUCUGUCUCUGGGGUGUUAAGACUCUACUGUACCAGAGACCAUGUGAUCUGUCUCUGGGGUGUUAAGACUCUACUGUACCAGAGACCAUGUGAUCUGUCUCUGGGGUGUUAAGACUCUACUGUACCAGAGACCAUGUGAUCUGUCUCUGGGGUGUUAAGACUCUACUGUACCAGAGACCAUGUGAUCUGUCUCUGGGGUGUUAAGACUCUACUGUACCAGAGACCAUGUGAUCUGUCUCUGGGGUGUUAAGACUCUACUGUACCAGAGACCAUGUGAUCUGUCUCUGGGGUGUUAAGACUCUACUGUACCAGAGACCAUGUGUGUGAUCUGUCUCUGGGGUGUUAAGACUCUACUGUACCAGGUGCAUGCCUGACAUGUCGCAAAUAUAACCACGGUUUUUAGAGCUACAAAAAAUAUUUUAUAAUAGAAUAAUUCAAUUGUUUAAUUAUACCAUCAUCAUAACUUUGUAUUAUGUUUGUUAUUAUUUUUAUUAUUAUUAACAUUCUGGUAUUUAAUCGUAAAGGAGAUUAACAGUUUUUAUUAUGAUGUUUAUUUUGCUUUAAUUCUGUGUAUUUGGAUGUAUUGAUACUUAUUAAAUGUUUACAUGUACCCGUAUUGGACACGAUCCAGCAGGUCGUUUUGUAUGUACGUCCCGAUGAUAUCAUUUGUAAAAGUGCGAAGUUUUGCGGAUUGCACAAGACCAAAAAAGAAACUACACAGAAACAAACAAAUAAAGAAGUAGACUGAAGUAGGAAUGGAAUUAUGCAAAUCA